AGAGACGUAAGUUACUGCGCAGUCUCGCUGUGGACUUAAACUUCCGGUAUAAGGUUGUGUCUUUCUUGGCUAUGGCUGUCUCUGUUUCGUGAAGAUAACAGUUAAACUCAGAAGAAGUGUUUGUUCUGUUGUGUUUUUGUUUAUGUAUACAGUGCGGAUGUUGUAAUUGACACAAAAAGGAGCGUUGUCCCUGUAAAUACAUUUGGAUAUAAAGUGUUGUUAAGCUGUCCAAAAACUCCUGAACCGGUGUGACAGAAGUGAUGCAACAUGGCAGCAACUCCUCUCAGUAGGUGUUUACUCUCAGCGCUGGUGAGACAUGCUCGCUGUCCGAGCCGGGGACUCACCUGUGUGGCAGACAGGACAGUCAGCCCGGUGUCCUCUGUAGUAAUAUGUAACCACAGAGGAGCAGAGGGACACACAAGCCUGGACAGAGGACCGCCAGUGUGGUGGGACGGACGAGGUGGUCGAGAGAACAGCAGCUAUCCUCUGCUCAGGUCUGUCUCGGUGGGUUUGGGACUGUGUGGUGCGGCGCUUCUGGACGGUGAAAAAGACGAUAACGCCAAGGACAGAAGUAUCUCGAUAUCCGGAAAGUGUCUUGACCUCAUCCUGCCAUCAGCUCAGUGUGCCUCUCCUUUUAAACCUGACAGCCCCCGGUAUAAAUACAACUUUAUUGCAGAUGUGGUCGAAAAGUCGACUCCAGCUGUCGUGUACAUCGAAAUCAUUGGCAGGCACCCAUUUUCAGGAAGGGAAGUCCCGGUGUCAAAUGGCUCUGGUUUCAUUAUCAGCAGUGACGGCCUCAUCGUGACCAAUGCGCACGUUGUGGCCAACAAGAGGGGCGUCCGUGUGAAGCUCACCAACGGAGACGUGUACAAUGCCACUGUGCAAGAUGUUGAUCCAGUUGCAGACAUCGCCACCAUCAAAAUCACGGCGAGGAACCCUUUACCCACACUUACCCUCGGUCAGUCAUCUGAUGUUAGACAAGGAGAGUUUGUGGUCGCCAUGGGAAGCCCCUUUGCUUUGAAGAAUACAAUCACAUCAGGAAUCAUCAGCUCAGUGCAGAGAGGCAGUAAGGAGCUGGGUCUAUCCAACUCAAACAUGGACUACAUCCAGACCGAUGCAGCCAUUGAUUUUGGAAAUUCUGGAGGUCCCCUGAUCAACUUGGAUGGUGAAGUCAUCGGUAUAAACACCAUGAAGGUCACUGCAGGAAUCUCCUUUGCUAUUCCAUCAGACCGCCUGAGAGUUUUUCUUGAUCAAGCAGCAAAAAAGAAGAGUUCUUGGUUUGGUGAGUCAGAGACAAAGCGGCGGUACAUUGGUGUGAUGAUGCUGACACUGACACACAGCAUCAUUACUGAACUCAAGUUGAGAGACCCGUCCUUCCCAGAUGUGACACACGGCAUCCUGAUUCACAGAGUGAUCUUGGGUUCCCCGGCCAGCAGAGCUGGCAUGCUACCAGGAGACAUUGUGGUGGAGAUAAACGGAGUGAAGGUGCACACCUCCGAGGAGAUCUACCAGGCAGUCCGCAACAGUGACAAAAUCACUAUGGUGGUACAAAGAGGAGACGAGAUGCUGCAACUGCAUAUGACUCCAGAGUACACAGAGUGACACCAACCACACAACCUCAUUUCUCUGAUGAACAUUGAUCAUUGUGUUUGUAGUGUCAUACACUUUAUCAACAGAGGGGGCUAAGUGUAUAUAGCUCCACUAAUAACAGGGAAAAGCCUGCAGUGUCACCUUUAAAAAAACAAAAACCUAAGGGUGUUAAUGGCCAUAUUUAUCAGUCAAAGUAUUGUCUAUAUCUAAAGUUCUCAAAAGUCUUUUUCCACUUGGCUGAUGGCUGUCAGCUACAAUGAAUUUCAAUGUCAUUUGUCUAAUUCAAACUAUUUGAACUGUUAUCAACCUAUAGAAGCCAAUUUCCUUGGCUGGUUAAAGAAACAAUAAAAUGAAAACUAAGCUUGAUGAAAAAAAUACUGCCAUGGUAAGUUAUAAUAUUGAUAUGAUAUGAGACAAAGUCAUAAUUGAGUUAAGUCAUGAUUAUGAGAGUCUAAACUCUGAGAUAAAAAGUCAAAAUUCACUCAAAUGUAUCAUCGACUUAACAGGAAUAUUUAAAUAUAUAUUUUUCUUUUUAAUCAAGGCUAGGUUUUCAUGUUCUUUUUCUUUAACUGGCAAAAAUUGGCUUCUACGUGAACCUGUCAGCAUUAAAGACUUGAACUUUUUAUUCCCAAGUUUCUGAGAGUACAAUAAACGUGUGUUUUCUA